AUGUUUACCGCUGACAAAAUUGAUGAUUGUGGUGUUUGGUUAGGUGAUAUAACCGCAUCGGAAGAUCAUCGAGCCCUCGACGAACACAAUAUCUCACACAUAAUCACACUUCUUGAUUAUCAACCAAAGCAUUUAGAUCCCAAACGUACAUAUUUGAUUAUUCAUGCCGAAGAUUUUCAUUCAACAGAUUUAUUAACAAAUGAAUUCGACAAAUGUUUUCAAUUCAUUGAACAGUCGAUUGUUCAAGGUCAACAAAUACUAAUUCACUGCCAUGCAGGUGUGUCACGUUCGGCGACAAUUGCUGCAAUGUAUCUAAUGCGCAAGUAUUCGUUAACACGAGACGAAGCCUUGGAACGAUUAAGAAGUAAACGACGCUUUUGGUCGGUGUUGCCAAAUGAUGGUUUUCUUCGACAAUUGGACUUAUUUUAUCAGAUGAAUUACAAGAUUGAUUUAGAAAAUGAACUUUACAAAGAAUUUCAACGACAAAGGUUCGCUCCGAUCAAAUCGGAAGCAGCGACUCCAACUGUUUUAUUCUCAACAGACGACUCUGAAAGAGAAUAUAAAUGUCGUCAGUGUCAUGAGAAACUGUUUCAUAGUAGCGAUAUACAAAAACAUGACCUUAGUUGUUUGAAUUCGUCUCAAAUUUUCACGUUUUUUCUCGAUUGGAUAGACGACAUAUUUGUCAAUUCAGUUGGAGCAAUUCGUUGUCCAAAUUGUCAAAUUAAUCUAGGUGAAUAUUCUCUUCAAGGUUUGCGAUGUGUUUGUCAUCAAUGGAUAAAACCUGCUUUUGUAUUUCAACAUCAACUAAUUGAAUAA